AAUUCAUUGUCAUGGCGGCGUCCUUCAAACUUUUGGAUUAAUCUAUCACAGUGUCAAUUUCUCAAGAUAGAAUCAUGUCACGUCAAUCAAAUUAAUGCGACAAAUCGAGAUUGAUGAUGCGUUUUGAAAAAAUAGCCUCUCAUCAAUACAGCAAUGUUCAUUUAAGAUUGCAUCAUUCUCGAAGUUUCCACAGGUGUGAUGACAGUUUUCGUCUGCAUGCUUGUUUGGGGAAAUCCCCAGGUGUUCUAAACUAGGGGAUGAUGGACAAAAUCGGUUAUCAUGCAUAAACGAUGUAAAGCAUAGACCGCGCAAGUCAGCACAACAUUCAGACGCGUGCAGGUGAAAAAUGCCAGGCAACAAAAGCUUGACGAGGAGUUUAGGAACUAAAACUUCAUUCUCAAGAAAGGGGGCUCUGCAGCCCUUUAGGAACCUUGAUGAUUCUGAUUUAAGAGGCAUCAGUGGCAAUCGUCCACCUCCCCUGUCGAUACCACAUGUACAAGAUGUGCCCAGGGAGUCACGAGAGAUUGUCUUACCAGGGCAGGUUCAGACCCACCUGUUGAUCACUUCUCUCCUUGAACAGAUGUGCCUCAUGGCUGUUGAGGAUCCAAACAUGGCAAAUCAACUUUUUACCAUGAUAUGUCAGCAGUUGGCGAAGUUGAGGGUUAUCUCCCCCCUGACCUUCAUUGAUGAAAUGAGCAGUUCUAGGGCCCGAUACCGACUCACUCUACACAACAUGAUACAUAAGGCAAAGCGAGACAUGUUCAAGCAAACCGCUGGUUUACCCCCAAUUCUCAUGAAACUCCACUGGGCUGACACACCAAGGCUGUCUGAAAUGCCGCUGGUAGCUCAGAGCAUACAGAGUCUGGCCAUGCAGGAUUCUAGGUACAGACAUGAAUUUGUUGAAAUCUGCCGACUAGGGAAAGGAGGAUUCGGUUCAGUUUUCAAGGCCAAAAAUCGACUUGAUGGAAGAGAGUAUGCUGUGAAAAAAGUCAAGUUCAAACAUAGAAAUGCAGGACUACUUUUAAAACUCUUACGAGAAGUAAAGGCAUUAGCAGGUCUCACACACAGCAAUAUUGUUGGCUACAAUGCAGCAUGGCUAGAACAUGGCAUUUCAGGUCCUCAGACGUCCAGUCACACCAGCCACACCUCAGAUGACAGCAGCUCAUCCUCAGAGAGUGAAAGUUUUGGUCGCCAAGGCAACAGCCCAAGUGUCAGCAUUGUAUUUGGAAGCACCAACACAGGAGAUAACUUGGAUGACAGACAUGGCCCCAAGAUUCUGGAGCUGGAUCCAAGUUAUACAAAUUCUGAUAUAGGACACAACGUAAAAUUAACUUCCAACUAUCUCAAUAUACCUCAGGCAUCACAUUCCAAGUCACUGAGCGUGUUUCAGCGACAGAAGAGUGCCAACAGUUUCUUCACUGCCACCAAAGUAUUGACGUAUGGUGUGUCAGAGAAGAACUGCAACACCAACACAGGCAGUGACGUGGUGUUCGCCGAGAGUCAUUAUCAAGAGACUGGGGCAAUAACAAGCACGAGGAGGGUGUAUCGCAGGAGUAUCAGCUGUGAACCUAUUCCAAGUACUGAGAAGUCUUUUGGGAACACGAUGGAUCGAGAUGAUUUUGAUGGGGAUAAUUCUCCUUUUGCUACCAGCGUGACCUUGUACAUACAGAUGGAGCUGUGUAGUCACACCCUGGCAGACUGGCUGGUUCAGAGGAAUGAGGCAAUCAAAGACUCAGAUCUGAAGAACAUUGAUAGUGACAAUAUGAGGAUAUUUCAUCAACUUCUACGAGGGGUUGACUACAUCCACUCACAAGGCCUAAUGCAUAGGGACCUUAAGCCGAGGAAUAUUUUCCUCCAAGGUUCAUCCCUCCAUGUGAAGAUCGGAGACUUUGGUCUGGCUACGGAGGACAUCAUGAGCAAUGACGGAGAAACUGUGUUAUCUCCCCCUGGAUAUAAAGAAGUGUUCAAGUUCGAUCGUCACACAGCCGAGGUGGGGACUCUAACAUACGCUGCCCCAGAGCAGCUUAGAGGCUGCAUGUAUGAUAGCAAGUGUGACAUCUUCAGCCUCGGAGUCAUUCUGUUUGAGCAGUACAACUGCUUUGUGACGGAGAUGGAGAGACAUGCAUCUAUUACCAGUCUCAAGAAGGGAGAUGUACCUCAGAUAUUCUCCCAGCACUGGCCUGGGCAGGCCAAGGCAGUGUUCAAGAUGACUCACACUGAGCCCCCAGAGCGUCCCUCAGCGAAAGCCCUACUUACAAGUGACCUCUUCCUUACAAAAGAUCAGAUCAUCUACAACCUGCAGAAGAAGGUGUCAGAGCAGGAGGGUGACCUAGACACGCUCCGCCAAGACCUGGGGGACAGAGACCGCCUCCUGAAGGACGUGGUGAGGGAGAGGGAGGAGAGAGACAGAACUAUUGCUCAGCUUCAGGAAGAACUGGACAGGCUAAGAAUUCAGAUGUUUAACUCACCAAGCUCUAACCAGUGAAGAGAGUUACAGAGGUCUUUCUGUGAGAAGUUUGAAUCAUUGUCAAGUCACAGGGUAAACAGGAAGAUGACAGAGUCCAAGAGACAGGGCCUGACAGAGUUAUGUAUUGUCCUGUUGUAAAGAACCAAGUGUGUUUCAUUGUGACACAACUUUCAUAUGGUGCUUGAUGAAUGAAAUCCAACAUACAUUGUGCAAUUGUUUCUGAUAGACUGGAUGAACACUAUUUAUUAUGUUGAGUGAUAAUACCUGUCAUCAUAUGUUUCAUCAGGGAGGACAGUUAUCUCAGGUUUUGUGGAAGAAUAUGAACAUCACCUCAUCAUCAUCAUCAUCAUCAUCCAUGAAGGACAAGCCCAGUGGGGAACUGGGUUAGAAUUGCUCCCCAGAAACAUUCUGGUCUUAAGAGGCGACUUAAUGGAUCGGGAGGUCAGAUUCGGUGACUUGGUUGAUUGCAUGUCAUUGUACGUGAAGGUGUGGACUGUUGCUCACAAUAUCAAUCACUGAAUUGUAUGGUCCAAACUCAAUUAUUUAUGGGCUGCCGUCAUAUAGCUGGAAUAUUGCUGAGUGAGGUGUAAAGCAACAAACUAAACCAUGGAGGACAAGGUAUGACAAGGGCCCUUUCUUGCCCACAGGGUCUGCAACAUUAAGAAAUGAGUACCGGUAAAACCUUUACAAUUGUUAUGAAAUUUAGCAGUUGUGUUCCCGUGAAUGAGAAUUAUACCUAUUUCUUUUCAAUGCUUGCUUGUUUUUAACUUAUUACAACACCCAAGUGUAAAGGUAAAAUAUGUAAAACACAAUGAUCAUAGAGGUUUUCAGAAUUUAUUUUUUGUCAUUAUGAUGACAUAUAUAUCUGUCGUGUAUAAUAUGCACAGACUUUUCUUUUGUAUCAUUUCAGGCUGUCAGCGUAAACCACAAAAUUUAUGAUCUUUCAACUCUUUCUGGUGUUGAAAUAUGUGCAAUAUGAAUAGCCUAUUUAUUAUUAUAUCAUGAAGUCUGACUUGUCAACUGUUUAUUUGCCCAAAGGUGCGGUGGUGUAGCCUAGUGGACAAUUUUCACUUGUCACACGUCACACCGAAGGAACGGGUUUGAUUUCCAAAAUAUGUACAAUGUGUGAAGCCCAUUUCUGGUGUCCCCUGCUGUGAUAUUACUGGAAUAUGGCCAAAAGAAGCAUAAAAUCAAACACUCACUAUUUGCACAAGAGGUUUUUGCAGGACCUGGUUACCUCCCCUUAUUAAUUGUCCUCAUUUUCAUACGUUUGGUCACAAUUUCAUAUGUACAGUUGAAAAAGACCACUAGAAAUAAGUUUAAGUUGACCUAAUAAUUAAACUCAGGAAGGAAAAAGGUAUUCGUUCUCCUACGAGCUGAAAAAAUGUAGAUUGUUCUGAACCCAGCCGCCCUCUUGUCAACAGUAGUUUUUGCAUGUACAUUUGCAUCUGUGUAAACAGGACUUCGGUUUAGACAAGGGUACAGAUUAGUAAGAUAAUAGCAGGAGAUAGAGAAAUAGGAAAUAAAUAUACUUUUGAAAGUAAUAUUAUUGAUAUUAAGGUAAAUUCGGUACCGUAAAUGUUGUCCUGUAAUGGCAGAAAUCUGAAUAAGUAAGAAUCUGGUUUCAACAGAUUCUUCCCUGUAUGACUGGCAUUGUAUAUCUGUCUAUAAAGACAUGGAAAACAUGCAACUCACUCACCUGUACUUUACAUGGAUUUAUUCAGAAUUCAGUUAGUCAUACUGAAA